CUAUGAUAAAUAUAUUCUGCUACACAAUGAACAAUGACUCAUCAGAGUGAUUAAAUAGAAGAAAAAACUAUAUUUGUUGGCACGAUCACCGUAGCAACAACAGCCAAUACCACUGAUCACCCUCGAAUCUAUUUUUUAAGCUCUGCAAAGAUUAAUUCUGUUCAAUCAAUUCAUUGAAAUGAUAAAUAUUGCGCAUCCCAAAGUGAUAACUAAACCACCAGUUAAUAAAGUUUAUACUGGGAAAAAAACAAUUAGAAAACCUCAAAUUUUAGAAAAGAAAAAUAAACAAAAAGAAAAUGUGUAUAAUAGUAAUUCCGAAGAAAGUAAAUGCAUAACAUGUGCUGAUUGUUCUGAACACGAGGAUCGUUCAGACAUGGUUAUAAAUCUUCAAUAUUGUAAUUCUACUAGUGACUGCAACCAAAACAUCAUUGAUUCAGAUGUAUCUUCUUUUAAACAAUUCUGUAAUAUAAUUAAUGACUUGGAGCAGACAUUGACAAAUCAUCAGGAAGUUGUUUCUAUUGAAACCUGUUGUUUUCCUACAGAGAGUAACUCGGUGAAUAUUCAUAUCACUCCAGAAAAGGAUGACAUCGCUAUGGUUCCCGUUGGUUCUACUUAUGAUGAUAUUAUAUCAUUUUUGAAUACUCUAGAGCAGCAUAUUCAAAUAUCUGACACUCAAGAUAAUUCUACCAAACUAGAAAAAGAUUUCGAAAAGACAUCUGUUGAAUUAAAGUCAGCUGUAAGAAAUAAUCAGAAUUUAAUGUGUGAAAAUGGUAAGAUUAAAGAUGAAUUAGAUACAGCACUGCUUCAGCUCGAAGAUCGUGAAGCUACAAUUAAACUUCUGAAAGAAGAAUUGAAGUCUGAAAGAAAAGCAGCAUGUGAAAAACUUGAUCUUCAGAAACAAGAUCAUUCUAAUGAGUUGCUUAAACAAAAAAAUAAAUAUCAGAAUAUCAUUAAGCGCCAUCAAAAGUUCAUUGAGCAGCUUAUCGAAGAAAAAAAGACCUUGACUGAAAAAUGUAACACUUUGACUCAAACUAUUAAAGAUAUGGAAAUAAAGCAGCAAAAAGAAUUGAAAAUGGCCAUUGAAAAACAGUUGAUUGAAAUACAGAGAACUAAAGAAUUUUGUAUGGCUUCUGAAAAAAUUAGACGAGAACGUUGGUUAGAAGCUAAGACGUCUAAAAUUAAAGAGAUGACUGUUAAAGGAUUGGAACCGGAACUAAGAAACAUGAUUGAUCAACAUCAACAAGAAAUUCAAGAGAUUCGUAGCACCCACAUGAAAGAACUUCAAGAAGUAGAAUUGAGAGCAAUUAGACGAUCAAAUCAACAGCUAGAACAAUUAAGAAUUGAACUCACUGAUAGUCAUAACAAAGUUCUUAUUGAUGAAAAAGAAGCCAUAAGGCUGAGAUAUCAAGAAAAGUUUGAUCAGCAGGAAGAUUUACUUCAGUCACAACAGCGUAAAUUUUUCGAAGAAUUGCAAAUAGAAAAAAAGAAGUUUCUUGAAGAACAGGCACGAAGAGAUGCUGAUAGAGAUGAAUCUAUUAAGCAAAUCGUAAAUCAAAAUCGUGAGAAAACGGAAAUGUUGAUGAAACAAUUUCAAGAAGAGAAACAAUUGUUAAAAGCAAAUCUGGAAGCUGAACGAAAUGCAUGGAUGGAAAAUUACAAAAGUCAGCAAAAUACUAAAUUUGAAAUAGCAGAAACAAGAAUACGAGAAGAAUGCAAUCGUGAACGUGAUAGGCAGAUUGAGUUAGCAAUUGCACGUUUGGAAAAGGAAACACGAGAUGUGAAGAAUAAUUUACAAGCAAAUUUUGAUAAAAAGUUUCAGAAUAUGAAAGAAACAUAUGAAACUGAGUUGGAAGUGUAUAAAGACAAUGAAAAAUUGAUGAAAGAAAAGCUAAAGGUAACACAAGAAAAGAUUGAUUCUCUUGAAAUGGAUAUCCAAAAAGCUGAAAGUCAAUUGCAUAAAUAUACGGCAGAUUUGAGCGAUGCGAAUAAAAUGAUAGAAAAAAUUACUAAAGAGCGAGAUAAUGCCAAACAGAUUGUAAGGCAAGAGAUUGAGUGCGAAAAAAGAGUACUUAUGGAUGAAAUAACUUCAUUACAGCAACAAAUUAAACAAUUAAAUGCUAAUAGAGAUUCUCAUAUUUCUCAACUAUACAGCAGGAUAAAAUUGAUCAUAACACAGAAAGAUGUAAUGAUCAAAAAUGUUAUGCAAGAAAAUAAUGAUGUUAAAAAUAAAUGUGAACAUCUCGAAAAGUUAAUUAACCAGCAACGUAAAGAGUAUAUAUUAAAAACUUUGUAAGUUAAACUUUUGUAAAUGAAUUUUUAAAUCAUAUUCUUAGAAAACAAAUUAUUUUAUAAAUUUAUGUGAUGAAUAUUUUGAGAGUGAGCUUUUGCUGCAUGAUUUUUUAUAAAAACAAUCAAUUUCUUGAAGUAAUUCAAAUAUUUAUAAUAUUAAACUUUUUUCACAAUUUGUACAACGUCCUCAUCAUUGAGAAUAUGAUCUUUUCCAACUUUUUGUGGUUGAUGUUUUACAGAUGAGCCCCAUACGAGUGCACUGUAAUUAAGAGUAAUUAAAAAAUAAGAAUUUUUAAUAAAUAAUAAUUAUAAGAAACUA